GCCUGCCUGCCCCACACCUGGAUGCGUGUGAGAGUCUGUCCCUCUCACUUGCUAUCUUGGUGCAUCUGGAGCCGGGGGACAGGGCCCGGGGUGCUUCUGGGGCAGACCUGGCUCUUGCACUGUGUCGGGGUCAGGUGCAGCAUCACCGCCAAGUCCGUGUCCUGGGGCGAGGGCUGCAGGGUGGCCUCUCACCUUAAUGCAGCCAGUGGCCUGUCCUCCCCACUGCCAUGCUGGAGUCUCCACAUUUAUUUAUUUAUGAGUAAAAUACGCAGAAUUUUUAUAUUUUUGGCACAGAAUUCUUGAAAAAGAGCAAAAAAAAAGCACAAACCCAGUGUUUUCCUUUGCAGAGCUUCUUUAAAUAGCUUAAUCUGGUACAGAAGAUCAAAUAAUCUGGUGCAGAAUGAGUCCCUAAAUAUUGCUAGGAAUUUUAUUUGUAUAUCUGAAAUCAGAAGGGAAGCCUCAAAAGCAGAUCUGCCAAGUUGUUCUGGAUCACUUUGAGAAGCAAUACAUGAAGGAGCUGGGAGAGGCAUGGAGCACAGUCAGGGAGGUGCUCACAUCACCAUUGUGCUGGCAAUAUGCUGUUCUGCUUAAUAAAUUCAGCUAUUCCUCUGAACUGGAGAACAACUUGCGUUUAAAGGGGUAUCAUAGUCUCUUUCAGGAAACCUUACCCUAUCUCCCAGGAUCAUUAAAAUGUUACAUCAGUAGAACUCCUGGAAGAUUCCCUGCACAAAAACACCAGAUUGGUAAACUCAAGGAAUAUUAUCUGCUGAAUGCUGCUUCACUUCUGCCGGUGCUGGCAUUGGAAAUAAAGAAUGGGGAAAGGAUUUUGGAUAUGUGUGCUGCUCCAGGCGGUAAAUCAAUAGCUAUGCUGCAGUGUGCCUGGCCAGGUCAUCUUCGCUGUAAUGAGUAUGAUAGUCUGAGAUCAAGGUGGCUGAAACAGACACUAGAAUCCUUCAUCCCAGAGCCCCUGAUGAAUUUAAUUACUCUCUCUGAACUGGAUGGGAGACAGAUUGGAGAUCUCCAUCCUGAAUUGUAUGACAAGGUACUGCUGGAUGCUCCGUGUUCAAAUGACAGAAGUUGGUUAUUCUCUUCUGAUAUUCAGCAGGCUACACUUAGACUCAUCCAAAGGAAAGAGUUGUCUGCUCUACAGGUUCAGCUACUAAGGUCUGCCAUUAAAGCCUUGUGUCCUGGAGGAUCUGUGGUCUAUUCGACGUGCACUCUCUCGAAGGCAGAAAACAGUGAUGUAAUCAGUCACAUCCUAAACUCCUGCAGUAAUGUUCUGCCUGUAGAUAUAAGUGAACUGGCCAAUGUCAUUUCCGAUGAGUUCACUCUGGUUGCUGGUGUCCAGCCACAUGAACUUUUAGUACUUCCAGCAAGGGGGAAAGCAUGGGGGCCUAUGUAUGUAGCUAAAUUAAAGAAAACGUAGACUAGGUGGCAUUUGUAAGUCAUAUUGACAAAUUCUUAUUUAUUUUUAAUACACUGUACUCAUAUGCAUCUGUGCCAAAUAUUUGUCCAAGUAGCCUGGAUUUAGAGUUGUGAACUGGUAUAUCAGAUGCUGUCAAAUGAUCAUUAAAUUUGAGGUUUAAUUUGUGACUAGGACAAUAUCCAGUAUGGCCCAAGCCUGCAGUUGGAUCUGCUUGCACAAACCUCUGGCAUCUGGACCCUUGUGGAGCCCAUUAAUGUAUAAGUCUACAGAGGCAAAUGUAUUCCAGAUCACAAGCUUCCAUAAUAUCUUAUUUAUGUAUUGUUUCAUCUUGAAGAUUCCAAAAGGACUUAACCUUCUAUAUAGCGACAUGGCAGAAAUGCAUCUGCUUUUGGGGUGAAGGGCAGCAGCCAACUCACACAGACAUUGCUGUACAGUGAGGAAAAGAGGAAAUUUUGGCUAAAGGCCAUCAGACACAACAUUCCCUAUCCUCACAAAAUAAUGCCUGAGAAUCUUCAGUGCCCGCCUGAGGUGAACAGGACCUUCGCCAUGAUCUCACCUGACUGACCUGCACAAAAUAAACCUGCACUGAACUUAACUACUCUUUCAUAAGAGGAUGCAGAGUUCUUUCACCUCUGCUGGCUUUGAAGCAGUCCCAGGGAGUCAGUAUGUCAAACCUGAUUCUCUCACAUUCCUGCUAAUGGCACAAAAAGAAACACAAGUUGCUUUGUU